GGGAGGGUUUUUUUCACAGUGGAUAGCGGCACAGCCCUUGUAGGUAUUUUUCUGCAUCGCCAUUUGGAGUUUCUCUGGAAGCUUUAACACAGAUCUCUUUGAACCAUGACAGAAUCAGCUGCAGAUGUGGCCGCUGAUGUGGACAGCAAGAGAAGUGUGACCAUUGAAAUCGCCAAUGUCACCAACAACUACUGCCUCCUAAAUCCCAGGGUGUAUCUGGACAAUGGUGAGGUCUACAACCCUCCACAGCCCACAGUGCGCCCCCAUAUGAAAGAGGUCUGCACUUUCACCAAGAGCGCCUCCAAAGCGACCGGCGCUGUGGGGGUCAUGACCUACGACCUGCUUGAGAGGUCACGCAAUGACUACAUUGAGACCCUGGCCAUCAUGUUCUCCAUUCCCUGGGAUUACAACCUGUACAAGAACUGGUUUGCAGUGGGCAUCUACCCGAGGGGGCGUAACUGUGACAAAGAUCUGUUCAAAGAGAUGUACUAUGACAAAAAUCCACAAGGUUUUACUCGAGAUGAAGCUAAGGGGUCAGGGAUCAACUAUGUGGGAAAGUUCCUGGAUAUUAAAGCUGCUAUGUGUCCCCUAGGCAACGCAAUCAUGAGCGUGGAAGUCUGGGAUAAGCUGUUUUGUUAGAAAGUAAAUGUAAAAAUAUAAUAAAAAUAAAUCAGAUGGCAUUUGUUUUUCAUUUCAA